UGUAUGCACAUAUCAGUGUGAAUGAAGUCAUUUAAGCUUGGUUUACUCUCGUAGAUAGUUGGAUUUACUCGUUGUUUCCCGAGAGGAAGUUAGCCUUUAUGGUGCCAGCUGUUUUCGGAGUGCUAUUCAUCGGAGGCCUGUCCGUUUUUACACUCUAUCACUUGAGAGGUCAGCUUAGGGCCAGUCGCGAUUGAGGAGCGUAAACGGCACACUUCGAAGCUCGAUGCACGAUGGAAACGUGGCUGGUUAUCGGCGUAUCAGGCGUUACCAACGGAGGCAAGACGACGUUGGCCAAAUCCCUCGAGCACUACUUCACCGAUCAUGUGAACAAGAUCAUCUUCAAGGAGAACAUCACCAUGAAUAAGGUAGCGCUACUGAGCCAGGAUGACUACUUUCUUCCCGUGGACAGCCCCAAGCACAAGGUCAUCGAAAAGCUGGGUCAUAUCAAUUGGGAGAUUCUGUCCUCGAUCGAUACGGACAAAAUGUGUCAUGACAUUAUGAAAAUCCUGGGUCACAAGUUCAUUCUGUACAACUGCCAUCAACUGAGCAAAAGCGAAGGUGAGAACAACAUUGCCGAGCAGGUUGAUCCGGUAACCGACGAGGAUAAUAUCUUUGCCGAUCACUUUCUGAGCAACUAUCUGAACAAGUACGACGACGGGUCGGCUGAGAUCAACCAAAGAACUACCAAUCUCAUCAAAAAGUCCAAAAAUGAUUCAUUCCAAAACAUGAAUAUCAAGCUGAACGUGCUGAUUAUAGAGGGUUUCCUGAUAUUCAAUCAUCCGUUUACAUUGGAUUUGUGUAACGUCAAAUUCCAUAUACACCUGCCGUAUGAAAAGUGUUACGCGAGGAGGAUUGAGCGAGUAUAUGACCCUCCCGACGUGGUGGGGUACUUUGAGAUGUGCGUAUGGCCAAUGUAUGAGAAACAUUUCAAGGAAUUCAAGGAUCGUCCGGAUAUGUUCAUGCUGAACGGAGAGGUGCCUAAGGAGAACAUUUUGAACUAUGUCCUGAACUGUAUCAAAGAUUUGCUGUGAGCAGAAAAGGAGAAGGGGGAAAAGUAGCGAAUGAUCAAUGGGUAGCGUGCAGACGCGGAAAACGGUUCCUUCUAAAUAUAGUAUACAUUUUCUCUAUUCAAUGUAAACCAACAUUAUGAGAUAUUCUACCUGCGAGUAGUAUUUUGAAGCCGUAAUUUUUUAUACAAAUUUUAAUCAAUUAAACAGGAAUUACGAUAACA